AUGCCCGAAGUCACCGACAAUACCCCAGUUCACCUCUCCGAGGUCGAUAUCGACCUUGACGUGCAAGAGAUCCUCCUCGCCGCAUCACAACAUGACCAGUCCAAGCUGCGUCGUCUCCUCCGCACACAGUCUAUGCUUCCCGACGCCGCAAACGUCAAAGACACCGAGACCGGCUUCUCACCUCUGCACGCCGCAAUCGCCGCCUGCGAGCCCGAUACAGAGACUGCCAGCACCAAUGGUGCGACCACCUCAGAGUCGAACCCCAGUCUAGACUCCGAGACCGUGAAAGCAGCAGUGGAGACAGUCAAGUUCCUCCUGCAGGAGGGCGCUAUCUGGAAUGAUCUCGAUACGAACAACGAGACACCCGGCUGUAUCGCGCGCCGGAUCGGCGCUCUCGAUUUGUACGAGUUGAUCGUCGACGCAGGCGUUCGCGCAGAGUUGCUGCUGAAUCGUCUCGAUGCGUACGAAGAGCUAUCCGAGGACGACGACGAGGAGGAAGCCGAGGGUGAGACCGAGGCCGAGGCAGCACCUGAACUCGUCGAUGCUUCCGCCGAACCCACAGCAGAAACCACAACCACAGCUACCCCGGCCAACCCAGAAGUGUCCAACUCGCAGUAUCUGGAGUCGCGCCUGAACAUCCAGAAUGACCGGAUCCUGGACGCAGACCAGAAUGGCGUGAUGAUGCGCUGGGAAAGCGAUAUCAUGCGCAAGUCCGCGGCAGCACUGCUCCCGACACCCGGGCUGAAAGUUUUGAACAUCGGUCACGGGAUGGGUAUUGUGGAUGGAUUUUUCCAGGAGCAAGGGCCAGCGGUGCACCACAUUGUCGAAGCUCACGCGGAGGUUGUUGAGGAGAUGAAGCGACGCGGGUGGGAUACUAAGCCCGGUGUUGUUAUCCACCAGGGUCGCUGGCAGGAUAUCCUUCCUGGCCUUGUGGCAACUGGGGAGACGUUCGAUGCUAUCUACUACGAUACCUUUGCGGAGUCAUAUAGUGAUUUCCGGGACUUCUUCUCUGAGCAGGUUAUUGGGUUGUUGGAGCAAGAGGGUCGUUGGGGAUUCUUCAAUGGCAUGGGCGCUGAUCGUCAAAUCUCAUAUGAUGUCUACCAGAAGGUCGCGGAGAUGGAUCUCUUCGAGGCUGGGUUUGAUGUACAGUGGGAGGAGAUUGAUGUGCCCAAGUUGGAGGGUGAAUGGGAGGGUGUGCGCCGGGCUUACUGGGUUGUGGAUGAUUACAGAUUGCCCCUGUGCAAGUUUAUGGAUUAA